AUGGGUGCUCGAGGAUCGAAACAAAUCCAAAGAAAGUUUCCACAACAUGCUUCAGAAGUUAAAUCUAGCGCAGCUGAAACACAUGCUAAAAUUCAAAAACAAAAUACGGUAGACGAUGCUGUAAUUUCUUCUCAUAACAUUAUAGCAAGUGCAACCCGUAAUAAAGUAAUUGAAGAAGAUGGUAAAGAUCCUCACCUACUAAGUAAUUUACAAGAAAUUGGUCAAGUAACUUUACCAAAAGUUUCAAUACCAUUUAAACAGUCUGAUGGAAUACUGGAAAUUCUUAAACAUAGACAAAUAGAACUUAAAGAGAACGAAAAUGUAUUGCAGAAAAAUAGAAUUUCUGUGAAUCAAUUAAAUGAAAUGUUGGAAAAAAGAAAUUUAGAUCCAAAUGAAUGGACACCGGAAAAGUUGGCUUCUCAAUAUAAUUUAGAUGUUCCAACUAUUAAAGUUUUGUUGAAGCAUAUAAAUACUUUUACAAUUAAAGCGCGAAUAGUGGAACAAGUAAAAGAAAGUCCUGUAAAAACUGAUAUAGUAGCCAUAACCAUAAAAGUUUUUUCUGCACCGAAAUUUCCGCUAGGAGAUUCGGAUGUUUGGGAAGGAAUUAUUGUAAUAAGUGAAAAAAUUGUUGUAAUAAGUGAAAUAAUAAGUGAAAAAAUUGUUGUAAUAAGUGAAGAAACUGUUGUAAUAAGUGAAGAAACUGUUGUGGUGGGGGUUACAAAAUAG